AUGGUACCGAGAUUCAACGCAAAAAUUUGCUCUGCCUUUUGUAUACUACAACAGGAAACUGACUUCAAAUUUCAACUAUUUCUACGUGUUUUUACCACAACAAUCGACCCUCAACAGCAGAAAGUAACAGUCACCGGAAGUGUUGGUGUUGAGACCCUCAUAAGAAAGCUCGUCAAAGCCGGAAAACACGCUGAGAUAUGGCCAGAACAUCUCGCCGGAAAGGCUUCCGGCAAAGCCAAGAAGAACAACGAACAAAAACACCCAGAAAGCGUGGAAAACCAUUCCUCUGCAAAUGUUGAACCCAACCUCACCUCUGGAAAAAACAGGGGAAUUGAAAAUGCUGAAAAGCGCAACGGAGAAAGCAAGAACAGCAACUCAAAAAAGGGGUCGCCGGUAAGGUCUCCGGCGGGAAGUCAAGCAGCGGAACAAGAGCAAAAGGGCGGUCAAAGUCAAACUGACGGAGGGGGUUCCGGUAAGAAGAAGAAAAAGAAAGUUGAGGGUGGAAGCAGUGGGUUGAGUUCAGGGACAGCAUCUACCGGUGCACCCGCACAGAGUGGAUCGCAACCACAGAUUGUGGGGCAGAUGAAUCUGAGCCCUACACGUCAGCAAUCAUUCCCAUAUCCAGAAACUUACUGUUACCCUCCUUUGGUGUACCUCGCUGCCUACAACAGGUUAUGUCCCAUGGGAACAAUGGGUGGUCCUUCUUACUAUGUUCCUUCAUUGCCCUACAUCUGUGCAGGCAUGGACCAUGACCCUUAUCACGUUCAAUCACAACCGUUGGUCUCCUUCGAGAUCUUCAGUGAUGAAAAUGCCAACGGCUGUUCUGUUAUGUGA